AUGUUUCCCUUAGUCUCUGCAGUCCACGCAACUCAGAAGGAGGUAUUACAUGGGAAUGAUCUGACUCUGGAUAUUCCCGAUAGGACAGAGAAAUUGAAGUUCAUUUCUGAUGAUGAGAAAAGACAUAGUACUAUCUGGGUACGGAAUGGUAAAGUCCUUAAAGGCCAGAAAUUACGUGUUGUGUCGCAUGUUACGUUUGAUCAUGCGGGAACAUACACUCUGUUAAAUGCAUGGAAUAAUGAAAUCUCCAGCUACACGGUAAAGGUCAAGGGGAAAAACAAAACCAUGAAAUGUGCCCCAGGUGAAACUCUCGACAUAUCUCUGGAGGGAAUUAAGCUGGAGAAUGCCACACUUUUCUUUUACAACAAUGGUUCAAUUGUCACCCUGGUGAAGAGUGGAGAGCCAGUGGCUAGUAGAGACCCAAACUACAUCAACCGACUUAAAGUAACCAGUGAAACCAUCAAUGUGCUUAAUGUCAAUGUGUCAGAUGUGGGCGAAUACAUACUCAAAGAUCCUAAACGUCGAAUUGUGUCAAAGAGUAAAUUGAUAGUUGAACGCCACAGUCCUACCUCGAAUAAGAAGGCUCUUAUAGCUCUGGUUCUUCUCGUGAUUCCGGUCAUUAUCUGCUGUUACUGCAUGAUGAAAAUCUGUUGUACGGAUGAUAAAUCAAACACAGCAAAUACCAACACCCUUAAUGGCCAGCCUGAGUCUGUACCAAUGUGUCAGACAGUGACUGAUCCCUCACAGUGUUAUCCCACUCUUCCAGUCCAAGGUCAGUUUCAAUAUCCUCCUCCACCACAAUGGAAUGGACAACCUGCUGUUCCUCCUUACCCUAACCCUAUUUAUCAGCCCCCCCAGCUGAAUGUUCCUCCAAACCAGUACUACCCACCUGCACCUGUGAACUGCAAUCCACUGAUGAACAUCGCUUCACCUGGGCUUUAUCCCACAACUGCAUGACUGUAAAACUCUCAGACUGAGGUAACAUUUUCUUUCUUACAGCCCCAAAAUCCCUAAGUGUCAUAUUAUUAUUAUACAUAUUUUUUAAGUUUCCUGCACUCAUAUUCUAGUCUUUAUGAUAUUUCUCACCUGAUUUGUGACCCUUAAAAUUAAAUUGAUUUUUUUUUGCUUAUGUUUCUUUAAGACCGCAAAAACCUAAUAUCGGUCUUUUUCUAUUAUGAAUAGUCUGAUGGACAGAUUCUCCAGACUAUUCAGAAGGAAAGUCUUCUACUAUGUAUGUACUUGUAUGUACAAACAUGCAAAAUCCAGAACUUUAAAAAGGUUUAGCCUAUACUGUUUUAUUAAACCUUUAUAUUGCAGAUUAUUAAAAAUAGAUUGGUCAGUAUUAGUUAUCAAGUAAAGAGCAUUGUUUAAUGCUCUUUAGUUUAAGAGCAAGCUUGUGUGUAUUUUUCUCAUUUUCUUUAAUUACUUUUAAAUCCUUUAUUUUUUGGGAAUCCAGUCUUCACUGUUUUUAAUACAAUGCGUACUUUGUAGAUUCUUUGUAACUACUACACAAAACAGCUUCCAAAGAUGUUACAUCUAAUUCUUUUCAUACCUCAUAUAUUCUGUGCUGUCUUUAGGUAUGAACUGUUAAAAAUGCAUGGUUAUUGUCUGCUGUGGCCAGCUUCUGUAGUCAGCUCCAGGAAAUAGCGAAGUAAAAAGUAAUGGUUUUGAUAUUUUUUAAUAAAUCAUUUAUGUAAAUUUUCAAUCUUCAAUAUUUUUUAAUCUUUUUUGUUAGAAUUUUUUUGCCUAUGGCAUCUUGGAAUAAAUAUUCUGUCAUCGUUUACUCACCCUAGAGUUGUUCCAAACCUGUAUAAAUUUCUACGUUCUGUUGAACACAAAGAUAUUUGGAAUGAUGUUAGCAACUGAGUGCUGGGGACUGUGAUGAAAAGAACAAACAAUAACAUGGUAGUUAUUAUGAAUAUUCAAGUAAAAUCCUCAGCUUUAAAUAAAUAUUUUAGACUAUUAAGAAAACAAUACUUGUAACCAAUACUAGAAAAUAUUUCAAGAUACCACAGAAUCAAGUCUGAAUUUAACCAACUAUGCAACUAUUAAUCAUUUGCAUUUUGUAAAUGGCUGUCUUCAGGCCACCUUCGUAUUGCAUUAGAUUUAGACUAAGGGAGCGCAAGUGAGCACAAAUGGAAUAGGAUCUUACAGCUGGGGAUGGAAUUAUUAUAAUAGAGAAUAAAAUGAAUAUACAUGAAUAUAAAUAAUGUUCUACAAAAUACGUGUUGUGUAACUUGUUCUGGGGAAUAUUAAUCAUUUGUUAAGCAUACUGAAAAUGCACACAGUAUUUAGUAAUUAAAAGUUUGAAUUAAACGGAAAAAGGAAGGUGCAUAAACUUCAAACAUUGUGUUUGUGACUUUAAACUUUCUUUCUUUCUGUUGAACUGCAGUGUAAACGUGAUUUGCUUUUAUACACAAUUUUACAGGUACAUCGGUACUUGUUCCAGUACACUGUACAUUCACGUAUACUGAAUAAAAUCUUUCUACAUAACGUAAAGAACAUUCUGUGAAGAUAUAACCUUGAUAUCUUGAUUUUGACUAAGGACAUGUCAAAGAAUAAAAACAAUAUUUAGGAGCUUUCACUAUGGGGUGUCAAAAUCAUUAAUUUCAGCAUUAUAAAUUACAUUUGAGCACUAUAUACCAAAAUCUAUCACUUACAGAGAUAAACAAACAUUAACACAUCUAUAGGCUCACCCUCAAGACAAGUCAAUUAUCU